AUGUCUUCUGGUUUAUCUUACCCCAGUCUGAAGUGCGUUUUGGAGCAUGUGGAAGCUAACAAAAGAAUCUACUUGGCCAGUCGCUCCCCAACCGUUCAACGAUUCGAAAAGACAAUUCCACUACGUUUAGAUUUUCUUCGUUUAAAUGGACUUGAAAUCCAAAUUAAUGAUAUUACUUAUGCCACGGAUACAAUUUUCUUUGCAAAUUUCAAAGGAGUUGGGUUUAUAAACGAAAAAACGGGAUACAGAUAUAAGGGAGUGGCUCCGAAGAAGCUCAAUUCCGGCGAUAGGUGCUGUAAGAUGUCCAGUCGUUUGUUUGAAGGAAGAAACUCAAUUCAAGUAGGACAAUUGCAAACGAAAAUGUACCGACAAACCAAGAAUGUGCCAGAAGACUUCAAGAUCUACACAAAAAACGUGCUGACAACAUUUGACAUCAAGGAAGAUGAUAUUUCGUUGAUCGACCCCGGUUGUUUCCCAUUGGAGAAAUUGCAAAUGUCAGUCAUUCGUAACUCCAAAACUUUCAAUCUCCCUGCUGUCAAAACUGCAAAGAAAUUGGUAUUGAUUGCAAUUCAAAAGGAAGAAUUUGUCAAAUUUUAUUCGAUUCUUGAAAAUGAUGUCGCUGUGUUCCCCAGACUAGAAUCAGACGAUAGUGUUUUGAAUUUGGUUGAAAGUUGGGUUAAAAAUCAGCAAACAUCUGGAAUACGGUUCUUUGAAACUGCAGGUAAAAAAGAUAACAAAAAGUUAUUGGAUAAAGUUAUGCAAAAGUUUGGAGGAAAACAUGUCGAGUUGGAGGUUCCAGACAAAAGAAUGGUUCCAUCGUCCAAAUGUAUUCGUAUCACAACUUCCUCCACAUCUUCUUUGCUUUUUUAUGGAAGUUUCAUCGAGAAAAGUGACAGAAGAAUUUAUCUCAAAAUGAAGGCGGAAUCUCAUAUUAUCUGA